AUGGCUCUCUCUAAUCCUGCAGUGUUCCUGUUUGGUCCCGGGCAGGCAAAGAUCCAGGACAGACCAGAGCCGAAGAUCACAGAUGCCACAGACGCCAUCAUUCGCAUCAAGUUUGUCGGUGUGUGCGGGAGCGAUGUGCAUUUCUGGAACCAUGGUGGCGUCAAUGGGAAAUUUGUCUCCGAAUCGAACCCUCUAGUCAUGGGACACGAGGCAUCAGGAACGGUACAUGCGGUUGGCCCUGCCGUCACCCAUCUCAGGCCCGGUGACAAUGUCGCCAUUGAGCCAGGUCAGCCUUGUCGUGCCUGUGACAGAUGCAAGGAAGGUCUCUACAAUCUCUGCCCGCGCAUGAAAUUCGCUGCUUGCCCACCGGACACCCCGGGCUGCCUGUCCAAGUACUUUAAGAUCCCGGCCGACUUCUGCUACAAGCUUCCCGCCGGAGUCAGUCUGCAGGAGGGCGUCCUGGCCGAGCCUCUUGCGGUGGCAGCGCACGCGGUGCGUAUGAUCGGUGUCAAACCGGGCCAGAGCUUGGUCAUCUUCGGCGCAGGCACCAUUGGCCUGGUAUGUGGUGCCGUGGCCCGCAUGUUUGGAGCAAAGAAGAUUGUGGCUGUCGACCUGCUAGACCACAAGCUGGAAUUUGCAAGGAACCUCAACCGGUCGAAUACUUUCAAACCUGAUUUGUCUGCGUCACCAGAAGAGAAUGCGGCGCGGCUGAUCGAGGAACAUGGGUUGGGACUCGGUGCAGAUGCCGUGAUAGAGGCCACGGGGGCUGAAAGUUCAAUCGUUGCAGCCGUGCAUGUGCUUCGUCCGGGAGGAUCUUGUGUGCAGACAGGCCUGGGAAAGCCUGUCGUCAACUUCCCCAUUCUGGCCAUGAGCGAAAAGGAACUGCAUAUGCACGGUGCCUUUCGAUACAACCAGGGAGACUUCAAAGUCGCCAUGGACGUGCUGGAGGCUGGCACCUUACCCCUGAAGAGCCUCAUCUCCAACAUUUUCGACUUCGAGCAAACCACAGACGCAUGGGAGGCAACCAAACAAGGACGGGGUAUCAAGAAUAUGAUUCGAGGCUAUGGAUAUAGAGAUCCCGCAAGAAUUAGCCACCUAUAA